AUGUUUCGUUCUCUUUCCCUCACCAAUACCACUAUAACGCUAUGUAAACGGUCCUUCCCAUUUUCUACGGUAUCCAGCCUAAAGAACCAGGCUUCUCAAAACCGAUUGUCCAGCGAAGAGUAUGAAGCAUAUCAGAGAAAACGGAAGACGGAUUGGAAGCGGCAACAAGGGGGACACGGUUUUCUAGACGAACUAAUCAUAAAUGUUCGUGGAGGCAAAGGUGGUGAUGGAUGUGUAGCAUUUCAUCGCGAAAAAUUCAUUCCUUUUGGUCCGCCUUCAGGAGGAAACGGUGGUCGUGGUGGAGACGUGUAUAUUCUUCCAACUCCUGAACUCACCAGCCUUUCAACCGUUGCAAAACGCGUCAGAGGCGAACGGGGAGGAAACGGUCAAGGGACGUGGCAAAACGGGAAAAACGGGUCCCCAUUGAUCGUACGCGUACCUCUUGGUACUGUAGUUCGUGAAAUCCCUCGUGGAGAUCCCAGGCGCGCCCAGGACGAAUGGGAGGCCGAAGAGGAGGCGUUGGAGGGUUUGGAUGCGAGUGAGAAACAGGCGAAAAUGAGGGAAAACCGAUGGAUGCACUAUCCGAGACACGGAGCUUCCAACCUGGAAAGAGAUCCGUUCAAAGAAGCAGAAGAUAUGCUGUAUAAACAGGAGAGGGAGAGAAGAUAUGCACGUAGGAAGAGAGAGACAGAGGCACCCAUAUUUUUGGAUCUGGACAAGAUGGACGAGGCUGAAAAUGAUCCCAGUGCCCCUUUGGGUCUACCGCGCAAGGAGAACUUUGGUCAUCUGGUGGCAUCUGGAGGCUUGGGUGGCAUGGGCAAUCCUUACUUUCAGUCAGCAGAGAAUCGGUCUCCUAAAUUUGCGACUCGAGGCCACGAGGGGGAGCGUAUAACCAUUGUUCUGGAACUCAAGUUACUCGCCGAUAUCGGUCUCGUUGGGAUGCCGAACGCUGGAAAAAGCACAUUUCUACGUUCUGUCACCGGAGGACGAGCAAAGACGGAGGUUGCAGGUUAUGCGUUUACCACUCUCAACCCAGUUGUGGGUGUCGUACGGAUAGCGGACGACGGCACAUUUGAAGGCAGCCUUUCGCAACAUGUCGUACACGAGGAAACCUCUGUCGAAGAAGCAAUAGCACAAGAAAAGUUGGAGAAAGGAGAGUUGGCGUAUUCGCUGACUCGAAAUCAGUCCCAGGCAUCAACUACUGACGGCUUUGGAUCAGGCCAUCGCUUUGACCUUCUAGAGUCAUUCCGUUUCACUAUUGCUGACAACCCUGGUCUCAUCAGCCAGGCAUCUGCAAAUGUCGGACUGGGACACUCCUUCCUUCGUUCUAUGGAACGUUCCCUCGCCCUCGUAUACGUGGUGGAUUUUUCAAACCCCGCACCUUGGGAUGAACUCGUUGUUCUUCGAGAGGAAUUGGAGCAAUACCAGCCGGGAAUGAGCCACAAGGCGCGUUUGGUGAUUGCCAAUAAAUCAGACUUACUGGCGGGUGACGGCGAUCCCGUUGCUGUUCAAGCGGCGAAGGCUAAGCUGAAACAUUUAGAGGCCUUUGUCCACUCGGAAAUGGGGGUAAUUGACUCUUGGGGAAAGCCCCUCAAGCUCGACGUAGUACCUGUGUCGGCUAAGUUCAGCCAGAACAUGAAGAAGGUUGUGGGAUUGAUGAAGACGUAUGUUGAGGAAGCGAGGGCUGUUGAACACCGGAGUACGACUUAG